UUUAUUACUCUAUAAUCUAUGUUCAGAAUAGCAUGGCUACUCCCGCUUCAAUAGAUUGUGUUGCGCGGUAUUGCGUGAUCCAUUUAAUGGUUUAGUGUUUAAUAUGGCAAAAGGUGAUAAAGAGUUAGAAAAACCUAUUGUGAACAAUGAAUUACCUAAUCCGGAGUGUCGUAGCACCGAUAAUGAAGACUCAGAAUCCACACAAGAGCAACCUCUGGAUAUCGGAGAGCAUUAUUUAGUGCGGCGUUCCGAUGAGUCAUGGCACCCGGCUGAGAUUAUACAGACGCGGUACAACGCCGCGGAAUCGUGUUAUGAAUAUUAUGUACAUUAUGUUGGCUACGAUAGAAGGCUUGACGAAUGGGUUUCCCGCCACCGGGUUAUGUCUGAUAGAUUUGACGUCUGUGAAAAUUCUAAUAACAACAUAAACUCAGAUCAUUUGCUCACCGACAAGUCGGGCCGCAAAAUAACACGCAAUCAAAAACGUAAACAUGAUGAAAUCAAUCAUGUUCAGAAGUCUUAUGCUGAGAUGGAUCCUACAACAGCGGCUUUGGAGAAGGAACACGAAGCUAUUACCAAAGUUAAAUACAUCGAUAGGAUACAGAUAGGUAAAUACGAGAUUGACACUUGGUACUUCAGCCCCUAUCCCGAUGAAUACGGAAAACAGUCGAAACUAUGGAUUUGUGAAUAUUGUUUGAAAUACAUGCGUAUGGAGAAAACAUAUAGAUACCAUCUGAGCGAAUGCACGGCUAGGCAGCCCCAGGGAAGCGAAAUAUACAGGAAAGGCACCAUAGCCAUCUUUGAAGCUGAUGGAAAAGAGCAUAAAAUUUAUUGUCAGAAUUUGUGUUUACUGGCAAAAUUGUUUUUAGAUCACAAAACUCUUUAUUUUGAUAUCGAGCAGUUUCUAUUUUACAUCCUAUGUGAGGUUGAUAAGCAUGGGGCGCAUCUUGUUGGAUAUUUUUCAAAAGAAAAGGACUCGCCAGAAGGCAACAAUGUUGCCUGUAUACUAACAUUACCACCAUACCAAAGACAGGGUUAUGGUAAGUUGCUCAUUGCUUUCAGCUAUGAACUAUCGAGACUAGAGCAAGUAGUUGGUAGCCCUGAAAAGCCAUUAUCAGACUUGGGGAAGCUCAGUUAUAGAUCUUAUUGGUCAUAUGUAUUAUUGGAGGUGUUAAGUGCGAGUCGCGGUACACUUAGUAUCAAGGACUUGAGUCAGAUGACUGGGAUAUCACAGACCGAUAUAAUAUCCACAUUACAAUCAAUGAACAUGGUUAAAUAUUGGAAAGGACAGCAUGUGAUCUGUGUCACACCAAAGAUAGUAGCGGAACAGCUAGCGAGUUCGCAUUUCAAGAAGCCUCGGUUAUGUGUCGACCCCUCCGCAUUGAGAUGGACGCCUCCUAACAAACAAGGGAAUGCGGCCAAAGCUAAAAAGUAGUAUAGGCUUGCAGGCAGGGCUUAGAUUUACAAAUUUUUAUCUAGUCCGAGCCUGUUUUAAUGUAUUUACUUUGACUAUAUGUGAUCUUACCUAAGUAUUUUGAUUAUAAAAUUUUUAGAUAAGUCCAAUAGUAGUUGAAUGUGUAGCUGACGGCAUUUGUUUUAAAAAUUGUAUAUUCAUUAUAAUUAGUACAUAAUUUAAUGCUUUGAUGUAAUGUCAUAUGCUACGCAACAGUUCCCAGUGAAAUCAACAAAAUACAUGCUUCUUAAAAUAUUUUUUGGAACAAAAGUCUACAUAGGAUUUUCUUAGUUAGUGUUUAGUAAUUUAAGAUAUAAUGUGUGUUAGUAAGUGCAUUUUACCUUUUUUUUUUCUCUGUUAAUUUCAAUUAAUCUAAUGUUCAUACAAAUUUGAUUUUGGUUUUCCGUUUGACAACCUCAGUUCCUUUAUGUACUGGUAAAAGUGAUAUUAUUGAUAAGUUUGAAAUUAGGUUUUCUUAUUUUAGGUAUUUUUUUUCUGUGUAAAAAGUGUAGUAUAUAUUUAAUUUCUGUACAUAAUAAGUUAAAAUAAAAACAAUACAAGGGUUAUUAAGUUUUAUUUGAAAUAGAACUUCGAAGUAUUAACAAAAAAAAAAUACAUUAGUUAAUCAAGUGUUAAGAUGUGUAACAUACUUCGUGAACAAUAAACGGUGUAGAAUAGACAAAGUUAAUGAUGUAUCCUUAUUAAUUAUGUUAAUAUUUGUUUGUCUAGUAUUUGCUGUGAAGCAAAGUUCUUCCCAAUGUCAUUUAGAUUCUGUGAAUCCAUCAGUUUUCACUGUUUAUUUGUGAUAAUUAUUUAGCUGUAAGGAAAGGUGUCAUUAAAGAAAAAUAAACAAUGAAUAA